GAGUCUAAUGACAAUUCACCCAAAAGUUCAGUAGCCAUCCAAACUUCAGCACAUAGUUUCAGUGUCGAUUCAAACAACUGCCAUCUCAGGCUUCAAAAAUCCCAGUAGGCGGUAGCUAAUAUCCCAGGAAACUCGCCGCCGGACUUCCACCUCACACUCAGCUCUUCUCGACUUAAAUCAUUCAAUCUCAUCCGAAAUCGCUGCCAUUCCAGAUGGCGUCGGCGUUGCUUUCUUCCUUAGCUGCUGCAUCUGCACCGCCAUCAGCUUCACUAUCCCCUCGUGAAAUCAACAAGAUGAAAUUGAAUCUUCCAUGUACCAGCUUCAAAAAUUCCUCCAUAAAAACAAAGUCAUUUGGUCGGAUACGUAUGGUUGCCACUACCAAUGUGUCUCGUUUUGAUGGUGUAACAAUGGCUCCUCCGGACCCAAUUCUUGGAGUUUCUGAGGCUUUUAGAGCAGAUACUAAUGCAAUGAAGCUCAACCUUGGAGUUGGAGCCUAUCGGACUGAGGAGCUACAGCCUUAUGUGCUUGAUGUUGUUAAAAAGGCAGAGAAUCUUAUGCUGGAGAGGGGAGAUAACAAAGAGUAUCUCCCAAUUGAGGGUUUGGCUGCAUUCAAUAAAGCAACUGCUGAACUGUUAUUUGGAGCAGACAACCCAGUUAUCAAGCAGCAAAGAGUAGCAACAGUUCAAGGUCUUUCCGGAACUGGUUCCCUGCGACUGGCUGCUGCUUUAAUAGAGCGAUAUUUUCCUGGGGCAAAGGUUGUGAUAUCAUCUCCCACUUGGGGUAACCACAAGAAUAUUUUCAAUGAUGCUAGGGUUCCAUGGUCUGAGUACCGCUAUUAUGACCCAAAAACAGUUGGCUUAGAUUUUGAGGGAAUGAUAUCUGAUAUCAAGGCAGCCCCUGAUGGAUCGUUUGUGCUGCUUCAUGGCUGUGCUCACAAUCCUACCGGUAUUGAUCCAACCCCUGAACAGUGGGAAAAAAUUGCUGAUGUCAUCCAAGAGAAGAACCACAUUCCAUUUUUUGAUGUUGCAUACCAGGGAUUUGCAAGUGGAAGCCUUGAUGCUGAUGCUGCAUCUGUGAGGUUGUUUGUAGCAAGGGAUAUGGAGGUUCUGAUUGCUCAGUCAUACAGUAAAAAUCUUGGACUUUAUGCAGAAAGGAUUGGAGCAAUCAAUGUUGUUUGCUCAUCAGCAGAUGCUGCAACAAGGGUAAAGAGCCAACUGAAAAGACUUGCUCGACCAAUGUACUCAAAUCCUCCUGUUCAUGGAGCUAGGAUUGUUGCCAAUGUUGUUGGAGAUCCCACCCUCUUCAACGAAUGGAAAGCAGAGAUGGAAAUGAUGGCUGGAAGGAUAAAGAAUGUAAGACAGAAGUUGUUUGAUAGCCUUUCUGCCAAAGAUAAAAGUGGGAAAGAUUGGUCAUUUAUUCUUAAGCAGAUUGGCAUGUUCUCCUUCACAGGCCUAAACAAAGCUCAGAGUGAGCAUAUGACGAACAAGUGGCAUGUGUACAUGACGAAGGAUGGAAGGAUUUCACUGGCUGGAUUAUCUUUGGCCAAAUGUGAGUACCUAGCCGAUGCCAUCAUUGAUUCAUUCCACAAUGUCAGUUGAAAGAAAAAAAAAUUUAACUGUGGUUCCAAAUUUUGAUGAGUUACAUUCUCAACCUUGAACUCCUGAAAUGAGUUAGAAAAGAUGGAAUAACAUAUGUUCACCGAUGAUAAUAAUUCUGUAACUUGGAACUUUCAUAACAUGUGUUCACCCAUAAUAAUAAUUCUGUAACUUGGAACCUUCACUGAGGCAGUUUGUUGCCUCUGUUUUAUUUCCCUGAAUGUGGUACUUAAACUUAAGGUUUUGAAUUAUAAUAGCAAAUAUAGAACUUUAUUGUUA